AUGGCUGUUCAACAGGAAUCCGCGGCGAUCGUUCAAAUAGUUUCCCUAUCUUUAUCUUUCCUUAGCAUCGUUUGGGCGUCUACUGUUGCUGAUGAGCUAAUUCACACUGAACUCGAACACGGAAGCCUCAAAUUCAGUGUAAAAGAUAAAGUUCUACUCUUCGUAACGCACAUAAUUAUUUUAAGCAGUCGACUCUUUGCAGUUGCUUUGUUCACCGUAAGCUUCAAGUGGUGGGUUAUCAGUGUUUUGAUCCUUCACAGUACGGUGAUAACAAUAUCUGGCAGAGGUUGGUCUUGUACAACAAAAACCUUUAACUGCUACGUCGGCCAUUUUCAGUGGGUUAUGUUUUUCGGCGUCCAUUGGCUACGAGAUGAUUUGUCGUUAAUUCAGGAAAAAAAGAAACAUUUAGGAAGAAUACAGUUGGUCUCCAACGCGCUAUUUGUGAUAGAAAACAUCACCAUGAUCCUGUUGUUUUAUUUCAGUCAUUUCCCUCACUCCUGGUACUCCGUACCAGUCAUCAUCUGUGUCUGUUUGUUUGCUGUUCUUGGAGCCGUAAUAAGGCUUACUCUCUUCUCUUUCAAAACGAAGGAAUCAGAUGGUCGCGGAUCCAGGAGUAACCAACCAUCAGAUGCACUGAGUAGCACUCUUAAA